AUGCCGUCACCCAGGCCUACCUCCAUCGCAACCGGCUCCAAACCGCAGUCCCACCACGCUCCCUUAACCCCGAGCAGCCUUCGCCAGAGCCGUACGAUAUCCUCCUCCUCCUCUAUGCUUAGCACACGACCCGACACCGCGAACGACGAGUCCAACGAGACCACCUCCCUCCUCCACCACGAACAUGCACACGACGGUCCCUGCAACCAUGGCACCUUUUCGCCUCGUGCGUCCAGCCCGACGCGGAGAGACAGGAAUCUUGACUCGGAAGGGACAUCAAUUGCAGACUCAGAGGGGUCCACGCUACCAGCUAACUCGCAGUUUCUUAAGGGGAGCAGCUCGAGGAGGAACUUUUCUAGCCGCAUCAAGAGCAAGAAGAUGACCGAUUCCAGUGCUCUGGCAGAGCGCCAUGGCUUCAAGGACUCGUGGUGGAUGUACGCUUCGUACUAUGUGCCGUGCUUGGUAUGGAUGAGGCAAUACAACCUGUCAUGGCUCAAGGGCGACCUGACCUCGGCCAUCACCCUCGCUUCCAUGUACCUGCCCAUGGCCCUGUCCUAUGCCGACAAUCUGGCACAUGUUCCCGCCAUCAAUGGCUUGUAUGCCUUCGUCUUCAACCCCUUCAUAUACGCGCUACUAGGUAGCUGUCCCCAGAUGGUCGUUGGUCCCGAAGCCGCUGGCUCCCUCUUGAUUGGCUCCAUCGUCAAGAACAGCAUCGACUCCGGAGCCGGCGAUGACGAUAACGGCGUCUUGCAAGCCAAAAUAGCCGGUGUUGCUGUCGGCAUUGCUGGAGCUACUGUCUUCCUCAUGGGCCUAUUUCGACUCGGAUUCGUUGAUAGUGUCCUCAGCCGGCCCUUUUUGCGUGGUUUUAUCUCGGCCAUCGGAGUCGUCAUCUUCGUUGACCAGCUGAUCCCGGUGCUGGGACUGACCAGGAUGGCGAAGAGUAGCCCCGGCGUCGCGCACGGCACUACUGUAGAAAAGCUUGAGUUUAUCUUUUCACACCUGAGAAACUGUUACAAUCUCUCCGCUCUUGUUGGCCUUGUCAGUUUUCUCGUCAUCAUGGUCCUUCGAGAGAUCAAGCGCCGGCUGCAACCGCGGUACCCAGGCGUUGCCUAUUUUCCUGACCGACUUAUCGUUGUCGUCGUAUCCGCCGUUCUGGCCUCAACUCUCGACUGGGAACACCAGGGCGUGGCGCUCCUAGGUAAGGUCGAAGCCGCCUCGGGGCAAGCAUUUACUUUCCGCAACCCAUUCCAGGUGGAGCACCUGCCCCAUAUUCGAGACGCCAUGGGAACCUCGUUCUUGAUCGGCAUGCUUGGUUUCUUCGAGUCCUCAGUCGCCGCCAAGAGUCUAGGCGGUAGCGAGGUCAUCGAAGGCAUGCAGUUGAGUCCCAAUCGCGAACUUGUUGCUCUUGGAGCGGCAAAUCUCCUUGGUGCGUGCUUCAUGGCCAUUCCAGCUUUUGGCGGGUACGGUAGGAGCAAGGUAAAUAAGUCGACUGGUGGCAAGAGCCCAAUGAGUUCAAUCUUCCUCAGUAUCAUCACUGUUAUCUGUAUCUUGUUUCUCUUGCCAUGGUUCUACUAUCUACCUAAGCCUGUUCUAUCGGCAUUGAUCAUGGCGGUUGCUUGGUCCUUGGUCGAAGAGGCUCCCCACGACGUGUCCUUUUUCGUUCGGAUUCGGGGCUGGACUGAACUUUCUCUCAUGGCUGUUAUCCUAGCCGUGACUGUGUUCUUCUCCCUCAACCUCGGUAUCGCUAUCGGCAUUGGCCUAUCUCUACUUCAAGUCAUCCGCCAUGCAACGCGGCCUCGUAUACAGAUCGUUGGUCGUGUUCCCAACAGCGAACGCUUCGCGAAUGCUGAAGAGCAUCCCGAGGACGUCGAGUUCAUUGAGGGCUGCUUGAUUGUCAAGAUACCCGAGCCCUUGACCUUCGCCAAUACUGGUGAACUGAAGAACAGGUUGCGUCGGCUAGAACUUUACGGCACGGGUAAGGCUCACCCUGCUUUGCCGCGUUUACGUCCGCAAGACAGCAACCGCAAUGUCAUAUUCGACAUCCACGGAGUGACGUCAAUGGAUGGGUCAGGUACCCAAGUACUAGAGGAGAUUGUGCGCAAUUACCGCGACAGGGGCGUCAGAGUAUUUUUUAGCAGGGCUCCCAGCCGAGAGAAUAGAGUCUGGGAGCUCAUGGAGAGAAGCGGCAUUGUAGAGCUUGUUGGUGGCAAGCAUCGCUUCGUCGACGACAUCAAAGACGCCUUGCGCAUGACGGAAGUGGAAGAGUUCGAAGAAACGGGGGCUUGUGUGGUAGCUAGCGAUGAGGUCUCAGGCUGUGGUCCCGAGGGCACAGUUCCAGAGGAGUUACUGCCAGAAGGAGUUUCAGGCGAAACCGGUCAGGCCAGUAGGUCGAACACAUAA